UGCUUAUACCUACGGCGUGACGUCAUACGUAAAUAAGUUGAUCAAGCUUCUGCUGCUCUCUGAAAGGGGUUGUUGUUUUCAUGUACACAGAAUGAUUUAGAGCUCGGUUAAGACAUUAAUGGAAACACUGACAUUUUGUAGAAACUACCGGAGAUAAACUCAGAUUAUCUGACACGGAAAUUCACGAAGGCCUGACUUUGAAACGAAUCUGAAAUUAAGCCUCGUGCGAACAACAUACCAAAGCGCUAACAGGAGUUAGCUAACACGAUCCUCCGUCACACCGUUUAGUCUCACUUUCUCUGCCAUUUCGUCUCAAGUCGGGUUUUAGGACUCGGAUCAAGUUCAGUCGGUGGUUUCGCCAGGAGAGGAUGAACUGGCUUUUCCCCCUGUCCAAAGGCUCCGGACCGCUCCCACCUUUGAACAGCCUCCAGCAACAAAGACAGCGGCAGAUCGAGUCCCUCAAAGCCGCUCACCCCAGCCUCGCAGAGAUCCAGAAGGAUGUGGAGUACAGGAUACCAUUCACAGUCAACAAUUCCACCAUCAGUGUUAACAUUCUACUACCUCCUCAGUUCCCUCAGGAGAAGCCGGUGGUCAGUGUCUACCCCCCUGUUGGUCAUCAUCUAGUCGAUAGCAAUAAUGGCACCAUAAUCACCAGCCCCCUCAUUGCUAAUUUUGGGAUGCACUCGGAUCUCGGUAAAGUUAUUCAGAGUUUGCUGGACGAGUUCUGGAAGAGUCCUCCUGCCUUGAUGUCGUCUGGUUCUGCUGGCUUUCCAUACAGUAUGUACAAGCCAUCAGGCAUGGCUCCUUACCCCACUCAGGCUUACCACUAUCCUCGCCACGUGGGCCCCACUCACACGCCGCCUGCUGGUCCAGCUCUGUCUCCAGCUGCCAUGCCUCACUCAGGGCACGAUGGCGCCCACGGCCACCCUCGAGCUCCAGCACCUUACGGCCUGAUUUCUGAUCUGCCUCUGCCUGUCCCUACUGGAGACUCACAGGCUGGACUGAAUGGACACAUGUACAAGAUGCCUGAGAUCCCCGAAUCUUUCCCUGAACUCAGUGACUUAAAUCUGACCCAGCUGUCGAGCAUGUCUGAAAACGAGGAUCUGUUACUGGAAUUCUUUGUGAGUUUGCCUCAGCUCAAACAGGUUGCCAGUGAUAAAGAAGAGCUGGUCAACAGCAUAGUGGACAUGGCUAAGAAAAACCUUCAGAUGGAGCCACAGCUCGAAGGAAAAAGACAAGAAAUGCUCUACAAGUACGAACAGCUGACUCAGAUGAAGUCUGCCUUUGAGACCAGAAUGCAGAGACAGCAUGAGCUCAGUGAGAGCUGCAGCCUUAGCACCCUGCAGGCUCGGCUAAAAGUUGCGGCCCACCAGGCUGAGGAGGAGUCGGAGGUGACGGCUGAAAACUUCCUGGAGGGACGCACAGAUAUCGACGAAUUUCUGGCCAGCUUCAUGGAGAAGAGAACGCUUUGCCACAGCAGAAGGGCCAAAGAGGAAAAGUUACAACAGUCCAUCAACACACAUGGACCGUUUCCUACCAGCCACUAGAACACAAGGUUUGUUUUUUUUCUCUCAGCCGACUGCUGCCAACUGAAAGGAUAAACGAAAGCACACUGAGUCAACAACGGGCACUGUGGAGAUAAAAGGAAGACUGUGACUGUGAUGAUGGAGAUCUGCACCCGGACUUUUGAAUUUGGAGUGUGUGAGAGCGAGAUUGAUAAGUUAUAGAAACACAGCGGGAGGCUCGUACCGGGCGAAGGUGGGACACUCGUCCAGCUUUUCUAAACGCCGUUACUGUGGAGCCUUCACAUUUUGGAGAUUUUUUUGCACAUGCUGUUCGUCCACGCUUCACUUCACGGGGACAAACAAAAAUGUUUCUUUGAAGAAUUUAAAGCUGUUUUCACACAUGCACAACCUCCCCCCCCUGAAAAUAUCCCAAAGUUGUUAUUCAGCAUUCCCCUCGCAGCUUGAAAUACUUCCUGUAUGACUGGAGGGCGCAGUCUCACGAGGCAGGACACGAUGUAAAAAGAACGCUGCAGAUGUAAUAAUGGAUACAAGAUAUCCAAGAUAGCAAUCAAAGAAAGUCCGGAGCUCUUAUGACAGUUUAUUUGACUUUAUAUCGAUGCUACGUGUAAUCGAUUGAUUUGUAGCAUCAACUAAAACGUGAGGAACAUUCAGCAGGACGAGUUGGAGGCGGCUUCUUAUCGUGCAGGACAAUCGCAGCAUGAUAUAAACGUCAUCACCGCCUCGUCCUCGCCCACAGGGAGAUUUCAUCCUUUAACCCGCUGCGUUCACACGUCAGCUCAUUCCGUCAUCACCUAGAAAUAUAAGGAGGGGCCGGCAGAGGCUGGUUCUGAAAGUGUUGGGAAACUUGCAGGAGUUUUGUGCAUGUGUGAAAAACGUUUCAUGUUGCCGCGGGUGUACACUGUAAGGUUUCAUAAAAGUCGAUGUGGAAUGUCGGCUCACACUGUACGACUGAAUCGUUUACGACGCUCGGCUGAAGCUCACGAUUUAUGAGCUCACACUUUAAGACCUGACUGUUGGCCAUGACCUGAGAGCUCACACUGUACGAGUGAAAUCAGGACAUUAGUUCACAAUCGUAGAAAACUCCCACAGAUGGAGGUUGAAGUCAGAUCUGUGUAUUUCUGUUGUCUCAUAUGCACAGCUCAAAUACACACUGCUGCAAAAACGCUCUCUCUCUCUCUCUCUCUCUCCCCCUCUCGCUCUCUCUCUUUCUUUCUGUCUCUCGCUCUCUCUCACACACACACUCGGCAUCACCAACAAACACAAGCUAACUAGCAGCUUAUUCAUAACAAAUAUUGAUAUUCCCCAUCAGCUGAAGGUCUGCAGAUAUUUCCAGCCAACGUUUCUUCAAUGAAUUGAGGGGGAAGAUGGAUUACAAACAGUCAUGCCGGCUGUUGCCAUGGUGAUUUAGGACGCUGUCUGUCAGUGUGUGAAGAAGACACACUAAGCCCUGCAGUCGAGAAAUCAGCUCGUGGCUCUGCUCUCACUGCGAGAGCGUGCAGUCGGGAGCAGCUAAUCUCACUUAAAUUGGCCCCGUCUUAAAAAUGAAAUGAAACGAUGUACGCCCUGGAUUAAGAGCAACACCUGCACCAGUUCAGAAUCAGAACCGUUGUUGAUGUGAACACUUUUGGAGACAUGUGAGAUAGUCGACGUUUCUGACUUAAUGUUUGACGUUCUUAAGUUUGGUGUCUUUACUUUCAUCUCUGAGAUCGUUGUCACAUCAUGCUAAACUCUCCGAGAAAGAUUUGAACCCCCUGGACAGAAAUUAGAACAACUUGUAUGUUUACAAUGAAGGACUGGUUCUAGAUAUGAACAUGAAAUCCAUCAGUGACACUUCAACCAGUCGAGAUUCUCUCCCUCACAAAAGAGGACGGGAGACAUUUAGCUUGGGCAAAGUCCAACUCUCUCUCUCUCUCUCUCUAUUGGACCGUGGUUUAUUUUGAUUAAUGAUUAUUUUGAAAAUGAUCUCUUCAGUGAUGUCUGGAACGCUGCCUCGGUAUCAGCUGUACGUCAGAAUAGCAAUCAACAUAAUCCAAUUAACAAACGUGGUUGAUUGUUGUGUUCCUGAUUUGCUGUGAAAGGUUUGUGAGUGAUCUUUUUCACAAACGACGGCGAUCCCAGACAUCGACCCGUUCGACGAGCAGACCGGUCGGAUUAGAUCGAAUCCAGAGUUCCGCAGAGCGACUUUUAACGGUUUGAUCACGAUUUCAUUCGGCACUCUUUACGUGAAUCAAGUGAUAUGUUUUCUCACAUGUAAACAUUCUGAGGAUGUCGAGCGCCGUCGUCGGGACUCUUUACCCGGAGCCGUCUGAACUCUGAGUUCUUGAUUAUGAAGAGCGUCACAAGAUUUUGUCGAAGGGAGAUUUGGCUGAAUGCUGCAGUAAAAGUGGAGGACAUUGGAUACUGUAUUUAAAUAAUGUUAAUAAUAACAGGCUGUAUUGUAAUCAAAGACUCGGCCACCUUGUAUUAUAUGUUAUUAUUUAAUUUGUUAGAAUAAAAAAGCAUUUAGAAGAA